CGGAGCAGAGCGGCCGUCGGGACUGGAACGAUAGCCGGCUCCGAGCGCCACGUGCCAGCAUGAGCGACCGCGCGGCCCAGGCAGCGGGCCCGCAGCUGACGCCCUGCUAAGAGGAGCCCGCGACGCCUGCGCCGGCACUGCCACGCUCCGACAUGUAGAUGCGAAGACGAAGCCGUCGCUGCUCCCCCAUGCCGCGCGGCAGAGCCCGCCGGGCCCAGGCGCGAGGAUGCUUCCGCGUGGCCAGCCCUCCCCGCCUCGCCCCUACUGACCUGCAUGGUGUGGGUGCCCCUGAGGACUGACCGCCUGGCCCCUCUGCACGCCUCUUGCCGCCGCUUGCCCACCAUGUCUCUGGAGUGGCUGACGGCCUGGAGCUGGUCGCUGGACGGGCUGCGGGACUGCAUCGCGGCCGCCAUCCAGUCAGUGCGGGACUGCGACGCCACGGCGCUGGCCACGGUGGCCUGCCUGCUGGUGCUGUUCGUGUGGUACUGCUACCACGUGGGGCGGGAGCAGCCCCGCGCCUACGGCACGGUCAACGCGCUGAUCCAGAGUGCCGAUGCCAACGGGCUGCAGAACGGGUACGUGUACUGCCACUCGCCCGAGUGCGUGCGCUGCACGCCCAGCGACGGCCUUAACCAGAAACUCUAUCACAACCUGCAGGAAUAUGCCAAGCGCUAUUCUUGGGCCGGCAUGGGCAGGAUUCACAAGGGCAUCCGCGACCAGGGCCGCUACCUGAGCAGCCGGCCCUCCAUCCAGAAGCCCGAAGUCUUCUUCCUGCCGGACUUGCCCACCAUGCCCUACUUCUCGCGGGAGGCGCAGAAGCACGACGUGGAGCUGCUGGAGCGCAACUUCCAGACCAUCCUGUGCGAGUUCGAGACCCUCUACAAAGCCUUCUCCAACUGCAGCCUCCCGCAGGGCUGGAAAAUGAACAGCACGCCCAGCGGGGAGUGGUUCACCUUUUACCUAGUGAACCAGGGCCUGUGCGUGCCCCGGAACUGCAGGAAAUGCCCACGGACGUACCGUUUGCUCGGGAGCCUCCGCACCUGCAUUGGCAACAACGUCUUUGGCAACGCGUGCAUCUCCGUGCUCAGCCCUGGCACCGUCAUCGCCGAGCACUACGGGCCCACCAACAUCCGCAUCCGGUGCCACCUCGGUCUGAAGACGCCCAGCGGCUGCGAGCUGGUGGUGGGUGGUGAGCCCCAGUGCUGGGCCGAGGGCCGGUGCCUGCUGUUCGACGACUCCUUCCUGCACACGGCCUUCCACGAAGGUGAGCGCCGAGCUGCCUGCGCCUUCUCCAUCCCGUGGCAGCGAGCACCAGGGAGCUGCUCCUGGGCGCAGAGCUCCCGUGGGCGGCUGCGCCCCUCCAUGCAGCGCCGCGGCAUCACUGCCCCUUCCUCCACGGCAGUCCCGAGCACCGUGGUGCUGGGAGCGCAGCGCUGCAGCAAGACCCGGGUUGCGCGGACAGUUCAGUUCAGCUCGGGCUCCUGGUGCCGGCAACAGCCGCCUCGGUGCCUGUGUGCCCCAGCCCUCGGGGGACGCUCUCACCUGCCCAGCUGCCGGCGUCCUUAUGGGUCUCUGCGGCAUGCUAAUUAG